AUGCCCAACACCAUCGACAACAUCCAACCUGCGGUCUACAUCCUCCUCGAAGACGAUAUCCCACCCUCCUCUCUUGCUGACCCAAACAGCCAUGCGGAGAGUCGCCCAGCGUGGGCCACUGUUCUUGUGAACAGCGUCACCAGCACAGUGACGCUCAUGCUGCCGUGUACCACCCUCACGCCCGCCACCGUCUCUCCCAUGCGGGCCGAGGCCUGGUUUCAUCAAGUGCGAGGGCCAGCAAAGGAGAGAUGUGAGCUCCCGGAUGACGAGUGCGGGCUGCUCCUGCAGCUCGUGCUCGUGUUUCGCGCCUUCGUUCAAAACCACGAGGAUGUCGCCCACAUCCCUUUCGACCACUUUGCCGAGGCCUUUGUUCAACACGCGCGAUCCCUCGACAUGCACGAGCCGGCGCGGGAGAUCCUGAUCAGUCUCAGCAUGUUCAUGGUUGAUAUCAUGCCCCAGGUUGUCUCUCCUCUUCAGAUGGACACUGAGAGCGAGAUCACAGACGCACUCCGGUCGUACGCAGACACACUCUGGUCGUACGCCGACGCGCUCAGCCGUGCUGCAUUGUCUCGGGCACCCAGUGACGAGGUCGACAUUGCGGAGGCGGAUAGCUGCGGCGUGCUCUCCAUAUCGCGAGCGCACGACGACGAUGUCCUCAUGGACAUGCGCAAUGAUGUGUUCUUCACGAGCGUCGGGGUUGGGGUCGUGCGCGCGCAUGGCAUUACUGUACGCACUCGCUGGGCGCUUGCGUACACCCGGGCGACGGCCGCGAUGGUGCCGCCAUCCCCCGACACGACAGAGCACACUGCGGGGAUCUUCUGGGCCGGUGUGGGGCAGGACAGUGCCGACGGGUUUGCUCACACUGUCAUUGGUACCUAUGGACACAACUCGGACGGUGAGCCAUGUCGGCCCGGGAUUUUGACUGGCCCGAUCCGGAGCCUCACCGAGCUGGACCCACUAGGACUCUGA